AUGUCGUACUACGACAAGUCUGACAAAAUAGGCUAUGACGACACUGACAAAGAGCUUAACGAAGAGCUGGAGGAGAUGCUCGCUCGAACACCCCCUCAUAUUCAACGACAUUUGCAACAUCGUAUUCACGAUGGCAUACUGCAGCGUAUGAAAGAGGAUACCGCGCGAAGGUGCUGGGAGUUCAUCAAAAAGUAUGAAACAUGUGUCAAUAGCGUCAAGCCAUAUGACUUAACGGACUGCCGUCCCCAUAGGGACGCCCUCAAUGAUUGUGCCCACGAGGUGAACCGCGAACAAAUCUAUCAAAAGUAUCGUAUGAUGUAUCUCCGAGGUGAACUUCUCAGAUUACAUGAGAGCCGCCUUGGUCAAAAAAUGGAGACCAUGAAGGUCCGUGCACCCGAUUCGAUUAGGGGAUGGAAGCCGGACUAUGCACCGAAGUAUGCGGAAAUGAUGUCAGAUAUUGGACUAAAUUUGGGGCCGGAGGCGGCGGACGAGCGAAAGCUCAGCUAA